AAAAGAGUAGAAACCAAAUGUCCAUCGCAUCACAACUUGACGACACGCAUCAGAAAACGACCGAUAGCAAGAAUGCAUCCAGGUAAGUCAGAAAUAUGCAAAUUAGGGACAAAAUCGGUACAUGAAUAAAUUAUUCCCGUGGAUCGAGCGGCAAACACCUUAGGUAGAAAAUCUAAUUUGAUUACAUUUCAUUUACUGCAGCAAGGCAUCCUUUUUCUCCUUUUUUAACUGAAUUUUAUCGCGGUUUUUAAUUAAGCUUGCAUUUUCUACAUAACAUGUUUUUCACUGAAUUAUAUGACCUGCACAGUGGUUUUUAGGAAAUUAAAAAGAUGUUUUUGUGAUGUUUUCUGAGAAAUCGAACCUCAUGAUUUUCUUCAUUUUCCACAAUUUAGAUGACCUAACAUGCGUUUCAUACUGCAAGACAUUGUUACAACACAUAGAUGCUAAAAUAUAAAAGAUGUUGUGCAAAAGGUUGUGAGCCAUCCAUACUCUCUUUCCGUAGACAAUCUUUCUUGUGAUAUUGGUUAACGAAGUUUUUGCAAACAAUGUCUACUCGGAUGAAACAUUUUUCAUGUCACAUUUAGUUUUAUCAUUUUGUCAAAUUUGAUUUUUGGAGAUGUUAUUGAAAUGAACGGAUUCUCUCUAUCAUAAGCAGACAAGAGUUUUUAUAUGAUCAAAUUUGACUUUUUGCAGCCUAUGCAUUUACUCAGCAUGUCUUGCAUCAUACUUUUCGCAUCCUUAAGACCGAUAACGCAGUGUCACGUGCAGCUUCGAGACUGUAACAUCAACUUUGAUCCCAUUUUUAAGUUCUCUUAAUUCUUGUCCCAGUCUUAAAUAACGUGUAAUUCUGAAUUACCUCCAUAAAGACGUCAGAGUUAUACUAUACUAGGGCUUAAUUCAUUCACAAUUAUAUUUCCAUUUUCAUUACAUGUGCAUUAUUAUUAUUAUUUUCUUUUUUUGUUUUGGUAAUCAAGAGGAGAAGGAAUAUGUAAAGGUUAUUUCGAGCCAAUUGAAAAAAAAAAAGAAAAAAAUUGAAAAUUUCCUCCAAAAGAAACGUCAGAUUUGAAGGUUGUGAAAGAAGGAACGUGUACACGUUUUUUUGAGCCCACUGAGAAAAAAUUAAAAAGAUAGAAAAUUCUCUCCAAAAGAAACUUCAGAUUUAAAGGUUGUUGAGGUUGUUGAAGGUAUCAAUAUCAUAAAUCCCUUUUCAGUUUUUCCUGAGUUAAAUGCAACAUUAAUUGUAUUCAUCUCCCUACAAUAGGAGCAAGAUUCCAAAACCGUGGCUUCCAUUGUCUAGUCAGCGGUUGCUACAAAGUCCACAAAAAUGGGGCCCUUCCUCCCAAGCCGACUUCGAUCGAACACUGUUGUUUGAUGACCGAGGGAAAUUCCUGGGACAUCUUAGUCAAUUGCCGACCAAACACUAAUCAAUGCAAGAGGGAAAAAAACUGGAAAAAUGUCAUGGAGGUCUACCCCGAUGCCAAGGUAGAGAGAAAACACAACAAUAUAGAGUUGACGUUGCCUGUCUUAACGGAAAAUCUUGAGGUUGCUGCUUUUGGAGUUCCCAAAAAGAGUGACCAGAAACGAAUGCAAAUGGCGGUCUUUGGAAAAGAUCCGACACAGGGCUGCAACUGGAAGAUUCGGGUUUACUUGAUUGAUGAUUCAAAAAGGCAUUUAAGGUAAAAAAAGCAUGUAACUGUAACUAUGAUGAUAAAAGUAAUUAUGAUUUAAGAUAACAUUGAAAUAAGAAAAGGAAAACUCGGAUUACAGUCAACAAGAAGGCUCAAUGAAACGUAAGUCAGUUAUAUUCCAAGAACUCAGCAGAUGAAGGAGUCAGCUUCUAAACUGAUGUAAGACGGCACAAAUUAUCAAAUGGCGCUCCUCUGGAGCUAUUUUCUUUUCUAAUAACUGAAGAUCAGAUUCUUUCUCUUAAUUCACUGUUUAUUUGAUGAGGGACCACCUGUGAUCCCUGCAAAGCUGUGGUGCAACAAUAUAAGGCAUUGCAUUAUUUUCCUUAAUCCAUUUUUCAUUAAAUCAUCAACUUUUUGUUUAUUUUGUUUUUUCGCUUUUUAAUUUAUUGCUUUCCUUUGAUAACAGGUUGUUUGCGAGAAAGAAGCAGAAAAAGGAAACAGACUGCUGACAACUCUCUCAGGCCUAUUUGUGUCCAACAGCAAGGAAAACAUCAGAAUUGAGUUUACUGAUCUAGAUCCAGGAUGGCAAAUAAAAGGUGAAAACGUGAAGGUGAAUUGACAUCUCUGAUUGUACAGAUGAAUUCCCAGCUGCUCUCCGAUAAGUAAAGAACUUUUCGAAUAAAAGAUUGUUAUAGAAAGUAGGUCAUAUCGAGGAGAAAACAAACUGAGGUUUCAUGUAACAUAAAACUGGUACAAAAAAGCUAAUCAGACAAUCGUCACUGCACUCAAGGAAUAACUCCAGGAUUGCGUUUCUUGUGCCAUGCAGAUUUAGGACAACUUAAUAACAUUUCAAUUCGAAAGCUAGAGGAAUGAUUUUGUCCGUUUGUAUGUCUCUAUUUAGAUAAUAUAUAUAAAAGACGCGUGGAAUUCGCCUGAAAACUCAGCAAAUUUCCCUCUCUGUGAUUUUUGAAGUAAGUCACGUUGAUCGAACCAAGCAGCAGUUCUUUUGCCGAAUAAUAGUUUCACAUGACGAUGACAGCGCUAAUACCGAGAUGGUGGCUUUUUUCGAGCAGGUAAACCAACAGCAGAUUAUUAAAAAAAAAUCACGAGAAUAAUGACUAAUGACAAUUUAUGACAAUAAUAAAGUAAUAAUACUUAUAAUAGUUAUAAUAAGAACGAUUGUAAAAUAACGAGAAUUAAAAUAGAAAAAGAUUAAAUCCUACGUGAAUAUUCUUGAACAAAAAAAAAAAAAGCUUUUAUGUAUACUACUAUGCAGCGUGUCAAAUUCAACGAUAACUGUUCUUGACUAGUUCACGCUCUAAUCAGGCUUCUCCAGGUUCACAAAUUGGAGUUGAAAUUUGUUGUUCAAAUUGUAUCGAAUAACCUAAAACUCGUCUGUUUUCUUAGACAAGAGGCGUAGGGACCAAGCCGCCAAAGAAACGUAAGAAUGCUCCGAUGAAACCUCCACGCGGUAAGUUAUAUUUGUUAGUCAACAGAGGGAGGAAACUGACUGAUAUUUGUAACAUGUAACCUACUGUGUUAUAUUAAUUGCAUUUAAUCUGCAAUCCUAGACAAUUUAUCAUAUCAACUUCCUGUUGAUUCCUCCUCAGCUUGUACUUUACUGACAUCUCUUUUGUUUUAUUUUCAUAGUUUUACAGUUAAUCACGUAUGAGUUUGUUGUUUUAAGAUUUACGGUGGUAACUUAGCGUGAUAAUUGAUUGAUAAUAAUAGUAGUAACAGUAACAAUAAUAAUGCGAUUUUUGAUAUAAAUAAUACAUACACAUAAUGGUGACGAUAAUUAUAAUCUUAAUCUUAAAUGCGAUAGGCUUCAAAGUUGAUCAAAAGAAUUUCAAUUUUUCCUAUCAUGACCAGCCAAGAAUAUACAGCUGAAACACAUUUUUCGCUGCUUGGGCCCCACACUAAAUCGAGGCUCCAGAGGUGAAUGGUAAGAGAUGAAUCUUAACCACGUAUCUUGUAGACUUCUUUCACUCUCUGACCGGUCUCUUUUGAUUACCGCAAACUACGUCAGUUAAGGGUCACUGAUGAAACUUUACACGUUGGACUGUUUAUGUGAGAAUUCAGUCAUUUUUUAUUCAUGGCGUUCUUCUACGCUUGUUUACUAUCCUACACGAUCAUGAUAUUUGAUACAGCACUAUUCACAAGAUUGGUAUCGAAUAGUUCCUCAAUAUGACUCGCACAGGUUUGUGUGCGCUUAUAUUGUAGAAAAAAAAAAAAAAAAAAUCCCCCGUGCGCGAUGGCACCAGCAGGGUCAGAAAAAAAGCCACGCAAGCGUUCGGAAUAAGUACAGAAAGAAAAGAAGAUACAGAAAGAGCGGCACUCAAAUCAUAAAAUGUUUAUUCACUAAAUUUAUUUGGUCACACUGGACGAAAAAAUACUUAUUUGUUUCAUCCCCUAAGUCAACAAGGAAAAGUUAUUUACGUUGUUUAAACGGUCAGGCACAGUUUGUGUUUAAUUGAAGAAGUUGGUCAUAGACUAAAUACAAAUAAGUUAUUAAUAUUUCCCGUUGAGUGUUUGCCGUGUGAUGCUAUCAGUGUAUGGACAAGAAAUAAACAAACUGUAUUCCUACUGAAGAUGUGAUUCCCGCAAACCCUAACCUUGAACUUUACUCUUUUUCACAGGAUCCACUGCCACUGACUGAUUUCUUAAAAGAACUUGGAGAGUUUAUCGACAUAAAACUCUUUUAGAAAAAGCUGCUUAACGCUAGGUGCAUUCGGUUUUCGUAGGUCUCGUGCCGUUGGUGACUCUUUUAAUUUUAAACUAGAAACUAUUGAAGUUUUAACUCGAGCUUUCUUGGGGAUUUGCAACAAAUAGAAGAUUUUACAUGCGAGACCGUAGUAACUAGUGUGAGUAGCUGGUGGUUUUGUUGAGGAGCACUCAAGCUCCUCAGUUGCAAGUCCGUACGGGGAAUGCAAAACAACAAACAAACAAAUAAACAACAAAAAGGGAAUUAAAGGUCUGCUGCGCAGGUUAAACAAAUGCAACACCGUGUGCAGCUCAAACCAACAUUUACGACCGCCUUCACAAUAAUAAAGACUGAAGUAGUGAUUAUGUCUGCAAUAUCAAAAUAGCUUUUGGUGAGGGUAUGAAGGACGUGCAGAUGAUAAAGAAAUUUUAGCUCUGAUACUGUUUGGUUAGUUCCCGGAGACACUUUUAUCGCUUGUAGAAUUUGGGGCCACCUGCUAUGGAAUUAAGCAUGAGUUUUCAGGUUUUACACUUGUUUUGUGUUCUAGAUAAUGCAAUACCCUUAAAAGAAUUCGUCUUCCCCCUUUCUAAAGUUAUAACAAUAACUAUAACGAUGGUAGUACACAUUAAUAUCUGAUUUUAGACUAGAGUUU